AUGCCGCCCUCUCAAUUGAAGCAACUGAAAGCUUCUCUUCGAGACAGCGGAGUCAUCCGACAACAGCAGUCAAAAAAGCAACGUCAUCAAGAUGAGAAAGACGGCGGCGCCAAGGCACGCCAAUCUCGCAUUCAGCGAAAUGCGGCGUUGGCAAAGAUUCGAGAACAAUUCAAUCCAUUUGAGAUAAAGGCGCCGUCACGGAAUGCAAAAUUUGAUGUUACGACGAGGGAUGGCUCGUCGAAGGCGGGGAAUUAUUCUAGGCCUGGUGUUACGAAGUCUUUGGGAGAGGAGAGAAGACGAGAAACUUUGCUCAAGGAAUUACACUCGCGCAACAAGACUGGCGGUAUCAUGGACAGGCGAUUCGGUGAAAACGAUCCUACAAUGACACCGGAAGAAAGAGCAGCAGAACGAUUCGCCCGCGAAAGUCAGAGGAAAAUGCGCAAAGAGAAUUUGUUCAACUUAGAGGAAGAUGACGAUGAAGAAUUAGAGUUGACCCACGGCGGACGGUCAUUGUCGUUUGGCGAUGCUAUCAAUCUCAACGGCGACGAUUUUGCUGAGAAUGAUAUUAACGGCGGAGAAUCCUCUGAUGACGAGGAGUCGAGUCGAAAGCGAAAACGCGCCGCAGCUGUCGAGGACGAGGUGGAUGAUAUGGAUGGGAUGGCUUCUGAAGAUGAUGACGAGGCUGAUGAAACGGAGCCGCUGCGAAAAAAGACCAAAGCCGAGGUGAUGAAGGAAGUCAUCGCCAAGUCGAAGCUGUACAAGUACGAGCGACAAAAGGCCAAGGAAGAUGAUGAUGACUUGCGAGCGGAGCUUGACAAGGGUCUGCCGGAAAUCUUUGAGCUUAUGCGUGGUGUCAAACCCCCACCAAAGACCCCUGAGCCGCCAAGGGAGGACGCUGCGAUAAUGAACCCGGAUCGGGCCGCUCUUUUGAAUGGCAAGGAUAGGGCUGAAGCAGAUGUUGAAUAUGACAAGCGACUCAAACAAAUGGCUUUUGAUAAGAGAUCGGCACCUACGGAUCGCACAAAGACUGAAGAGGAGAAGGCACAAGAAGAAGCGGAGAGGCUGAAACGGUUGGAGUUGGAGAGACUGCGACGUAUGCGCGGUGAUGAAGAUAGCGAGUCUGAGGCUGGAGGUGCCGAUGAUGAGCUGGUGGAGGAUGAAGGAGCUGAUUUUAUACCCGAUGAUGCCAAGGCGUUUGGUUUGACCUCGGCGGUGGAAACAGAAGCUCGCCGUGAGCUUGAUGUUGAGGACGAGGAUGACUUCAUAAUCGAUGAUGACCUUGUCGAUAUGGAUUCGGAUGAAAACCUCUCGUUUAUUGAAAGUGAUGAGGAGAUGGAAGAUUCUGAGAUGGAGAGCGAGGACGAAGGGCUCAUGGAUGAUGAGUUUAGCAAGUCGCUCAAGAAUUUGGUUGGAACGGAGUCUGGUAGUAAGAACGUGCCAACUGGAAAGACCGACGAUGGACUGGCAUAUACAUAUCCCUGCCCUCAGAGUCACGACGAAUUUCUCGCCAUCUUGAAAGAUGUAACUGCCAAAGAUAUACCGGUGAUUGUUCAGAGAAUUCGAGCUUUGUAUCACCCUCGACUUCACAGCGACAACAAAUCGAAACUCGGUGUUUUUUCAAAAGUCAUUGUUGAUCAUGUGGUUUAUAUGGCCAAUCAAACUGGUUCGAUAUCAUUCAAUAUCAUCGAAAACCUCCUCCGACACAUUCACUCCAUGGCCAAGACUAACAGCGAACCGGUGGCUCAUGCGUUCCGGAAUCAUCUUCGCGAGAUGGCAGUUGAGCGACCUUUGAAUCUACUUCCGGGAGAUUUGGUCUUAUUGACAGGAGUGAUGACUAUUUUCCCGACGUCGGAUCACUUCCAUCCAGUUGUGACGCCUGCAAAUCUGUGUAUUGCGCGGUAUCUCGGUCAGAGUGCCGUUAACAACACGUCUGAUCUGGCGACAGGAGCAUAUCUCGCUGCGUUAUCACUGGAGUAUCAAACUCUCGCAAAACGAUACAUGCCCGAAUUUAUGAACUACUGUCUCAGUGCAAUAUGUCUUCUUUCGCCGACACCAGCCACACAACAAGUAGGAUUUGUCUUGUUGCGCGACUCGAAGGAAUCACUGCGACUUGAGUCCUCAUCGACCAGCAGUGAAAUUCGCAAGAUCAGCUUCUGGGACGUCGUUGCCGAGGACGCGAAAGCAUCAUCCGAAGACUUGAAGAUCAGCCUUAUCAGUACCUUUGUGUCAUUACUAGACGCAGCCGCCGAUCUAUGGGCCGACAAAUCCGCCUAUAUCGAAAUAUUCACAUCCGCCAAACCCAUCCUCCAACAUCUCAAGAAAUCUUUUACCAAGUCAUCAUCACCACUAUCAACCCAAAUAACCACCACCCUGCACAAACUCAAAACCUCUUCAACCCAAUCUCAACACACCCGCCGUCCCUUACUCCUCCACAACCACCGGCCACUGGCCAUCAAACAAUCCAUCCCCAAAUUCGAAGAAGACUUCAACCCAGACAAACACUACGACCCGAACCGCGAGCGCGCCGAACUCGCCAAACUCAAGGCCGAGCACAAGCGGGAACGCAAGGGCGCAAUGCGCGAGUUACGCAAAGAUGCAAACUUUGUUGCACGCGAACAACUCAAGGAAAAGAAGGAGAAGGACGCAGCAUACGAAAAGAAGUAUAGACGACUUAUUGCGGAGAUUCAGGGCGAGGAAGGACGGGAGGCGAAGGCUUAUGAGAGGGAAAAGAAGUGGAGGCAGGGGAAGAAGUAG